AUGGUGAGCGAGAACUCUGCUGAACUAAAUGCAGUAAUUCAAAGUGCAAUGAACAAGCUAAAGGAGACCAACGAUUUAGAGGCUGUUCGUGUUGAACUACCAACAGACAUUUUGUACUGGCAGUCUCUUUUAGAGUUUAUUGAAAAUCCUGCAACUUCAGCACGUGUCUUCAAAUGCAGAUUCUACAGAACUAUCUCGGAAGUCAAGCCUGCUGAAAGUGCACUAAAAGAAUUGGGUAUAGAUGAUAGUUUAGUCUCUACAGAAGGAGAUUUAGUUACUGUUAUAGUUUUGUGGAUCGAAAAUCUGCUUUUAAAUCCAUUUGGGAUUUUUAAAAUACUCAGUGAAAGACAAUUUAAUUUCCUAACUGAUUUUUUAAUAUCCUUCGUCGUGGAAUGUACCAAAUCUACUGUAAUUGGACACAAUGUUAGGAAGAAUGAAAUCAAUCUAAAAUGGGCAGUGAAGAAGCACAUUCUACGAUGCCUUGCGCUUCUUGCAAAAUCAACACUGAACACAUCUGAUUCACCAAUGCAUAAGACUAGGGAAGUCUACACUGUAAACACCGAUCAUACUUCAUAUGCUGUCUUUGGCCAUCCUGUUUCUGCUGUUUCUUUCUACUGCUUCCUAAAGCAUCUAUCCAUAGUGUAUGGAGAAUUACUUCAAACCAAUCCAACCAGUGAUCUUAUUUUAAACUUUGAAGACGAUGAAUCCUUAGUUGUCAAAAGAUACAAAAUAAAGAUACUCAGCAAUAUUUCGAACGAGAGGAAUGUACUCGAUAGUCUUAGAGUGCUGUUGACGAUGAUAAACCAUGAAAGCUCAAGGCUAGGAUGGACUCUGUGCAAGGCUAUUCAUAGAAUGAGCAGAUCAAUAGAUAGAAAGUCUUUAGUUUGUGAUCUAAUAGAAUCACUGGGGCAAAGAAUAUUCUCUAAUGAGCAGUGCUGGAUAAACGUGCUUACUAUUAUUUCUUUUAUUGUUCUUGAGAUGGGCAAUGACGUUGAAGAGCCUCUGUUUGAUGAUUUUAAUUUUGUAAAUAUUGCACUGUCUUAUGAUAAUGAAUUUGUACAGAAAAGCUCAAGCCUGAGAGAGUCGGCAUUGUUUUUUGUGUGGUCCGUGGUUAGGUCCACUGCUUGCAUAGCAUUAGAACAGUAUAAUCUUGAUAGUGUUAUUUCUCGAGUAGUUUUCAUGUCCCUAUUUGACCGCGAGUUUAUUUGCAGACGCGCAGCUGCAAAUGUACUUCAAGAAAUUUUAGGAAGAAUGGCGGUAAAUGAGAACAGUCUAAGCAAAUAUCCACUGCUGUUGGAGCCAGAGACCUUGUUUACGAUUAACGGUAGUUCAGUAAAACGAAGACCUGAGUGCCUUAAAAGUUUUUCACAAAUCAAACACAAGACACCCUUUGAGCCAUUUGUCUUCAAUUCCUUGUACUCUUUUGAUAAAGAAACAAGAGAGAUGUCUGCUUCAGCAGUUGCAGCAUACUUCGAUCCUUUCAAGGUUCCUAUAAAAUACAAAACUGUUUCUGAAGUUGAUGGGACUCAUUUACUAAUCAAUGAAUGCAUUCAUAAUUCUAAUAGUGGCACAGAGCAUAAAUGUAGCAAUGGAAGAAACGACCAAGAAACAACACUCUGCCUGUCAAAUAUUAUUGACAACUUUGGAUCUUUCAUUAAUUCAUUUUCCCUCACAAAUUUGACUUAUAAAAUUAGAAACAUGGACUUGGCUAUUGAGUCGUACUUAAAAAUAGCCAAGUACUUUGAUUUGUCAGUAUUUUUUACAAACUUCAUUUUUUUAGUCAACAGGAAUUUUAGUCCAGUUUCAAUGCAAGGAUCCAGCCAGGUACUUUUUGAAAAUCCAGAAUUUUCAAGGAGGCUCUUUGCUUUAAUCAAUAAAAACAGCACUUCAGUCCUUGUAAAUUCAAACAAUCGUCUAUUUAAGGCAGAAGUCUUGAGAAAAUACACAGAAAACCUUGAAAAGCGCAUAUUGAUACAGCAUUCCAUUGAAGCCAUUACAUUAAUGAAGCAUUUCCCACUUUACGACCAUCCAUUAAUUAGCCUUAUAAAAGACUAUUUGUCUGACUACUCUGUUGAUUUUAACGGGGAUAUUGGAUAUUUUAAUAGAAGAGCGUCCUUUUUGUAUUUUCUAGAGCACUAUCCGAAAUACGAUUGA